UCCAGAAAACAUCAAUAAUAUUGCAGUGUGCUUUCUCCUUCCCCAUUUCAGUGUUCUUCAUUCUUCGUAAAAUCACAAUUAUUGUUAAUAUUUUAUAACACAAAUAAAAUUUUAAGAAUUAAAUAUUCAAUUACUAAAAAUAACAUUAAGGUAAAAUGAUUGCAUAGCUUCUCCUCCCAUUCCCAUAGGCGAUAGUUGAGGCGACGAGACCUAAGAUUCAAAUUUCAGCAACCAUUGAAGCAAACUUCAACGACAAAGCCGCCGGACCACUCCGUCUUCACGGAAUCACAGAUUCACAGCCACAUUUCCGCAGGAUCGCCGCGGCCUUCGCCGUGUAUUCGUCUCAGUCAGCAGCUCCCUCGACCGUCAUAAAUCGUACGAUAGCAGCUUGCAGCUCCUCAGUGUAUAGGCAUUGCCUCCAGCUGUAAUGCUCCAGUAAAGUAACCAUGUAUCGCCGUAUGAUAAUAGCAAAUCAUCCAAAUGUAUGUGUUCCCUUGAUCUCCACAUGUGAGAAUUUAUUUAUAAAUGCUCGUUCCCAUUACUCUAGUACAUGCCAUUUUCAGCGGCAUUUACACAAUUCGUCAAAAUCUGUAUCACUUCCGGCAAAAGAAUGUUUUAAGGCAUUUGUGCUAAACUUUAUGCCGGUUUCUUUCUAUUCUUCUGAUGCAAUCCAACGCCUGAGGGGCCCCCCAUCAAGGUCUCUGAGAAGGAGAAUGCGCAAAAGAGCUUUGGCUGCUGCCAAACCUGUUCUUGAUGAAUCCCGGGUUCAAAGGGCAAUAUCUCGACUUCCACCUAGAUUUACCCCUGAGGAGCUGUGCAAUGUCAUGAAUGUAGAAGAAGACCCUUUGGUGUGUUUAGAAUUGUUCAACUGGGCAUCAACUCAACAUAGGUUUAGGCAUGAUGCCUCAACGUUCCACAUAACCAUACAGAGGCUUGGUGCAGUGAAAAUGUAUCAGGAGAUGGAUGAUGUUGUCAAUCAAGUGCUUGCUGUUCCCUCUAUUGGUUCUGAGGCACUUUACAAUACUAUGAUAUACUACUUCACAGAAGCUAGGAAGUUGACUAGAGCUGUAAAUAUAUUUAAGCAUAUGCAAAACAGUAAGAAAUUGGAUUGCAGGCCGUCAAUAAGAACUUACAAUAUUCUUUUUGCUGCACUUUUGAGUAAGGGAAAGAAUUCUUAUAUAAGUCACCUGUAUAUGGAGACCAUUCGUAGCCUAUUUAAACAGAUGAUUAGUGAUGGGGUUGAACCAGAUAUCUUUUCCUUGAAUUCUAUGAUAAAAGGAUAUGUUCUUUCACUUCAUGUGAAUGAUGCUCUGAGGAUAUUUCACCAGAUGGGUGUUGUCUAUAAGUGCCAUCCGAACUCUUUUUCCUAUGAUUAUCUGAUCCAUGGAUUGUGCGCACAAGGUAGAACAAAGAAUGCCACAGAACUAUGUGAUGAAAUGAAAAGGAAAGGAUUCAUUCCCAGUAGCAAAUCUUACAACUCACUGGUGAACUCUUUAGCUUUGGGUGGAGAGGUAGAAAAUGCAGUAAAAUUAUUGUGGGAGAUGAAUGACAAUCAUCAAUCAGUUGACUUCAUUACGUACAAGACAGUGGCUGAUGAAAUAUGCCGGCAACAGAGCGUACAUAAUGCUAUGAGUUUUUUGAAAGAGUUGCAUGACAAGGAUCUUAUUGAUGGCCAUACUUAUAAAAAGCUUUCAUAUGAACUUGAAGACAAUUAUCCCAAUUCCCAAGACAAGCGUGGGCGUGGCAAAUUGUUAUAGGUAUUGUACCCAAAGUGACUGUUAGUUUUCCAGUUCUUUUCUUUAGCGGGAAUGCCACUGGGUUGAAGUACUUUAUGACACAGUUGAGAAAUUAUGAGUAAGAUAUAACAUAUAAUGAUGUAUAACAGAUAACUGAUGAUUUUGUUGAUAAUCCUCUGGUAGCGGUGGUAAUGAUUCCGUUCUUCAGCUAAUAAUGCGGUUUCUGCCAACUAAGCCACUAGGUUCAUCCGUAGACUCAUAAAAAAAUCACUUACACAUCUCAAAUGGUGUUUGAACUGAAGAUUGGAUUUCAUUAGGCUUGGUGGAUUGCAGUUCAAAGUGGUCCUGCAACUCGUAAUGGGUGGAAAACAGGCUAUCAUUUGCAAUCUAAUGAUGGUGGCUUGGAUUCAUUGGCUAGCCUGUGGGUACUGAUACUCUGAUAUUGUUCGUGUACUGUUCGGCAUCACUGCUUUGGAUGAAUGGCAAUAAAUCCAGUAAAGUCGAGUCCAGAAAGAUCUAAUGGACCCUUUCUCUUUUCCUCUGCAACUUUGUUGUGUAAGAGCUUGGAUUGUGUGGAGCUAAGUUGGUUGUGAUAAAUUACAUGUCUUGUUGGAUGCUCUCCCUGAAACUUUUUGGUGAUCCAUAUCUACAAGUUGCCAUGUUUCUAUAGAUGAUGCUGAGAAACAUUUUUUUUUAUGCCUGAAGAGGAUAGAGGAUACCCGUGGUUGGUUUCAUCAUUCUUUUUGGAACUGGCCAUAAUCCAGAGCACUUUUUACUAAUAUUCACUAUGUGACGUUUAAUUUUCAAUUAUUUACAUAGGGGGUGUUUGCUAAAUAUCUGUUAGCUAAUAGUUGUUAGUUGAUUGUGUUAGCGGAUUUAACUAGUUGAUAGCAUUAGCUGAUUGUAGAAAGAUGUUUGGUAAAUCAUAGCUGAUUACAUACAAAAUGACUUUCUUAAAAA